AUGAAGCUGUCAACUACCCUCGCCAUUCUUCUCGCCCCCAUGGCAGUCUUCGCCAAACCCCCCAAACGUACCAGCGCACGCCACGUCAGAAUCGACAGACUCCCCACUUGCAUCCAAUACUGCAUUGGAGAAACACAAUGGCGCAUCAAAGGCGGCACGCUCCCAAAGCUCGCAGGCGAAUGGUGCGCGAAAACCGCCGCACACACGCCGGACUGGAUCAGCUUCGGCAAAGCUUUGGACGAGUGCAAGAAGCACCAGUGCGAUAACAGCAUCCAGUGGAUCGACCUCGCCGUCUGGCACUGGGACAUGUGCGAGUGGAGCGAUGUCAAGGAGGAGGGCAUGAACUUGCUCAGUGGCUAUCGCAAGGCGUACUGGUGGCCUAAUGAUCGUCAGCCUAUUCGACCUCCUCAUUCUAGAAACUGGAUCUCGGAUGAGACGUUUGAGGCUCCCGAUGAGUGGAAUGACAAUAACGGAAUUGGAGAUGACAUUCCGGAAGAUCAACCUCCGAUCCACGGCUGA